UACUUCCGCGCCCCACCACCUCGCGGAGGUGGAGCCGCUUCUGGGAGGGAAGGUGGGAGGGUCCCGCGCCAAAUACGAAUCCGACGCUGAGGCCGGGACUGAGUGAUACAGUCUGUAGAGUGCGACGUCGUGGCGCUGCCGGCCGCACAGUCUUUACAACUGAUGCCCUCACUUUGGCAAGAAGGAAUUCAGGACAAUGGGAGUGACUAAUCUAUGGCAGAUCCUGGAGCCUGUGAAAGAACAUGUUCAUCUGAGAAGUCUCAGGGGAAAAACCCUUGCUGUUGAUUUAAGUCUGUGGGUGUGUGAGGCACAGACUGUUAAAAAGAUGAUUGGAGUAGUCACCAAGCCUCAUCUUAGGAAUCUAUUUUUUCGAAUCUCUUCUUUAACCUCAAUGGAAAUCAAAUUGGUGUUUGUGAUGGAGGGGGAUGCCCCAAAGCUGAAAGCAGAAACAAUCAGUAAGAGGAAUGAGCUGCGCUAUGGGUCUUCGAAAAAACCUAGGGCUGCAAAAACAGGGAGAUCCUAUUUUAAAUCCAUUUUAAAAGAGUGCCUUGAAAUGUUGCAGUGUUUAGGAUUACCUUGGGUUCAAGCAGCUGGUGAAGCGGAGGCAAUGUGUGCUUACCUGAAUGCAAAUGGAUAUGUGGAUGGCUGCAUUACCAAUGAUGGAGAUGUUUUCUUGUAUGGAGCUCAAACAGUUUAUAGAAAUUUCACCAUGAAUGCAAAGGACCCACAUGUUGACUGCUAUACAAUGUCCUCUAUUAAGGAGAAACUGUGUUGUGACAGAGAGUCUCUGAUUGGGCUAGCAAUUCUUCUCGGUUGUGAUUAUCUUCCGAAGGGAGUGCCAGGAGUUGGAAAAGAACAGGCUUUAAAGUUAAUUGAGACUUUGCGAGGUCAAAGUUUACUCCAGAGGUUUGAUCAAUGGAAAGGACAGCUUCAAUGUGGUAAUGCGUCUGCUCUAACAGUUAACAAGAUGACUCAUUAUUCUGUGUGCCAUCAUCCAGGCUCUUGUAAGGACCAUAAGCUCAGUGGAUGUAAACUGUGUGGAAGUAUUAAGUACUGUGAACCCCAUGACUACCCAUACUGCUGCCCUUGUGAGUGGCAUUGUUCAGAGCGAGCGAAACAGACAAAUGCAGUGGAGGACAAUAUCAGAAAAAAAGCUAGAGGUUGUGAGGGCUUUCCAUUUUCUGAGGUUAUUGAAGAAUUUCUUGUAAACAAAAACAAGCUGGUCAGGAUAAUGGAGUGCCAGAGGCCAAAUUUAUUGUCCUUUCAGAGAUUUGCUUUUGAGAAGAUGGAAUGGACCAAACACUAUGCAUGCAAGAAACUGUUGUCACUGUUGACACGCUAUGACAUGAUCAAAAGAAAGUCUGGUCAGACAGAUACAGAGCAACUGCAGGCAAUACGGAUAGUCAAGACACGUGUUAAAAAUGGAAUUCCUUGUUUUGAAAUUGAAUGGCAAAAACCAGAGCAUUAUGUUACAGCAGAUGAUCAGCCCACAGAGUCCUUUGUGGUUACAGUAGAGGAAGAAUCUUUGUUUCAGUCUGCCUAUCCUGACAUAGUUGGCAUCUAUAAAGUGGAAAAGUUGGAAGUUUUGGAAAAAAAACAGAGAAGUAAGAAAAAUAAAGAAAAAGAACACUCAAAUAUCGAUGGUAAAGUUACUGAUCUUCUGUCUCUGAUGAAUUUGCAAUCUACACGUGAAAGCUUUCCUGAGCAGAAUUGCAAGUCAGAUUUAAAAACUUUUCCUGAUAAUCAAAUGCAGCAGAAAAUUGUCUCCAAAUCUAAUGAUUCCCUUUUAGCUGCAGAUUUCUCCACUGUAAUUGCGCAGUUACAAAACCCAGUAUCUACCCUUCCUCUAACUGCUUCACCCAACACUCAAUAUCAGAGAGUUUUAGAUGACUCUCUUACUUCAGCAGCACAGUUUACUCAACUCCCUGAGGCAUCAUCCUCUUAUGUUUCCUGUAUAAUAGCUGAUCUACAAUUGAGUGGCAUUGAUUGGGAAGGAACCUCCUUCAGCAUUUCACCAGCACAUGCUGAUUCUGCCUGUUGUUCAGUGUCUGAGCUUGGUGCAUCUAAUAAUUGUAUAAGCCAACCAUGUACACUUCAGCACAAAACAAGAGAAAACACAAAAUAUUCUGGUGCUACACAAUCUGAUGAUCCUUGCAGCAGAGCAGAGUAUUUGGUUCCUACCCCUACUGAUCUGGUAGGACAGCUUCAGAAGUUGCCUUUAAGAGAACGAAUAUUUCUGAAGACGUCUGUGCAGAAGGAUACUUCACUGUCUCUAAACAUAGUGCAACCAAAACCUUUACAGUUGUUGAAACAAAUGAAAGAAACAUCAAUUCCUGAGACUGUUUCCACUUAUCCUUCAAUUCAAUUAAGUGACUCCACAAAGAAAAUCAAAAUGUUAUCAGAAAAAUAUUUGAGGGUCUCUAGUAUACAAAAUUACCAGGAACAGUACAAAAAACCUGGGAACCUGCUACAAAUGGAGCAAAAACACCCCAAACAAAACUGUUCAAAGUCUGUGGGUUUGAGCAGUCAAGCAGCAGAGCCUUUGCACUCCAAAGGUGAAUCACUGAAGUUAGCAAAGGCCACAGAUAACUGUCACAUUAGAAAAUUCUCUGCUCAAGCUACUUGGAAAACUUCCAUUAAAAAGAGUGUUUGCCAUGAGAGACCUUCUUCUAGUGAGGACAGUGAUGAUGGGAAUAUGAUGGAUAAAAAUCAGACUUAUAGAAUUAAACAGCAGAGGCAACCGAAUCCAGCUCAGAUGAAGGAAAACACCACUAAAGAGAGGGGUAACGGAGGAUCAAGUCUUCCAACUAAACGGAGAGAGAAAGCGGCAAAUUUAAAAAUAACUAGCAAUAAUUUGUCAAUGGAAGUACCUCCAAAACCUGCCUCGGUAGUGGAAGCUAACAGUAUUGGGCUUGGGGAACUAUCAUUUAAAAGAUUAGAUUCCUGUUCUUCUCUGCAACAAAGCAAAAAUGACGACUGUGAUGUAUGGGUAGGUAGUCCCCUGCCUCUGUCUGAAAGGCUUAAACUAAGACUCAAAAGCAAUUAGUACUUCAUAAAAAAUACAUUAUGCUAAACAGUUAACUUGGUGUCUAAAACUCCUACAUAGUUCCUUUCCUCAUAUUUAUAGCAUUGGUAUAUGCAAGCUCAAGAGACACUGUGUUGCUAAGUUGACAUAGUCCUAAUUAAUAAAAAGCAUUGUGAAGUCCUGCUUACUUGGUACUGAAGUUUGAAAUGUAAACAUUGUCAAAAUUAUGCAGUCCCUGGAGUACAGCUGAAAUGCACUGAUAUCCAUUUACGACUGUAUAGUGCUUUCUUGCCAUAAGCACCAUAGCCAUGGACACAAUAUACAACACUGAUAUUUUAUUCCAAAGGGGGUAAGGUUUAUUUAAUGAAGCAUUAGCCUUUCGGCUUGUAAAGAUAGACUCAUAAUAUAGUUACAGUGUGCUAUGCUGCUACCAGGUGUCCUCAGCAAGACAAACUGAUACAGCUUUUGUGUAACUGAAAUUCCCCAUUGUACUCCACUCUCUUGAUCGGGUGUUAACUUUAAAACAGGCUUACAAAUACUUGGUUACCAGUGGUGUUGAGCAUUUUUAAAAUAAAUGACCAGAUAAAUUCA